UCUCCUACUCAAACCCGGAGUGUGUGUCAACGGCAGAGGCAACGACCCAGGAACGAGAUUGACUUUUCAAGCACCUGGCCAGCCAGACAAUUCGGUCCUCACGACGAACAACAUGGACCUUGGUCGACGGCGUCAACCACUCCACGCAGCCGCCGACCUUCACACCCGGCUGCGCCUGGAAUCUGCGUACCCCGAGCUUGCGGAGCGGGCCUCGUCGCUCACGGCACCUAGCCUCACCAGCCAUCCUUCAGGGGUGCGAUCCAAUGUUGUACCGGCGAAGCGGAAGGGGUUGCCUAGGGCUCGUCUGCAUACACCAACGCAUUCGCGGACGGUUAGCAGUGCUGGCAGCGACCCUAGGACUGAGCAGGGCUCUUCGAUGAGUCCCACAGUUGGCGGUUCGAAGGCUAAGCGGGUCCGAACGGGCUGUCUUACAUGUCGUGAACGCCACCUCAAGUGUGAUGAGGCCGUGCCGGAUUGCAACAAUUGUCGCAGGAGCAACCGUGAGUGUAAGCGCGGGCUGCGUCUAAACUUCAUCGACAUCCAGGUCAAGGAUCUCCCCAAAGCUGCCCCAACUGACGAAUGGCUAGUCGAGAUCCAGGAUGAAUCGCGCCAGAUUGCAUCCGAGUACAAAGGGGGACUAAGCCGGUACCCCAACCCGGCGGAGGAUCCAGAUGCGGAUGCGGCCAGCGAGCCGGCUUCCGAUGGAGCAAGCGAUCUGUUCCUGACAGCCCCGUUAGUCGCACCGACGCCACAGUUGGGAUCAAGUCAGGUUCCAGUCAGAGGCCUCAUCACGCCACCCAUUGAUGUCGCAAGCGAGCGCGACUACAUAGACUCUGAACACGAAAUCCGAUUUCUGCAGGCCUUCGUCGAUGGUGUGGCGGUAUGGAUGGACUUACUGGCCAAGGACCAACAUUUUACGGACCAUGUUCCGUAUAUGGCGCUCAAGUCGUCUAUGCUACUCAACGCCUUGCUGGCAUGCGGUGCCAGACACUUAUCCUCCUUAGGGUCACCUGGCGAUGAAGAUGGCGCCCCGUAUUACGACGCAGCCACGGCGCUGCUGCGGCGUAAGCUCCAAGACCCAGAUUGCAACAGGGACGAAUGUGCUGUUGCAUCUGUUCUCCUGGAUGUGUAUGUGAUCAUGGGCAAGGACUCAGAACUGGCCACAGAUCGUCUUGUCGAUACACGGUCGUGGAUCCGCAGGUGUGGAUGGGACGCAGCAUCAGGAGGUAUUGGAUCGUCGUGUUUCUGGGUCAACAUUUGCUUGGAGGUGCUCAGCUGCGUCUGCUCUGGGCAGCAGACGGCUUGGGACCCGGAUCAAUGGGGAUUGGAUCUCGAGUUUGUCCAGGAAACAUCGGGGAGCAGCAGCCAGAGCGUGGUAGGAAACGAUGAGUUGCCAAAUUAUCGCCGCAACGUUGGCGGUCACACCCUCAAUGACGGUGCGGACGAGGAAAUCUGGUUGCAACGCAUCUUCUAUGUCCUGGCCAAAGUUGCCAAUUUUCAUGCUGAUACCUCUCAGCCCCAAGGGUCGUUCCCGCACGACGAGCAAGUCCGUCAGCAGAGCAGGCUCUCUGAGUGGAACAGACUCAAGGCCAUGUGUGACGCCUGGAACCGCAAAUGUCCAAGGUCGAUGCGUCCUUACGGCUACUCGCCCACACCAUCGGCCAAGUCUCUGUUUCCUAACGUAUGGCUGAUCAAGCGCUCGGCCAAACUCGGGCGCAUGUUCUAUCACACCGCCCUGUGCCUCCUAGCACAAGUCAGUCCGCUCAGCCCACCUGGCAGCAUGGAGAACCGUACACUACUGGAGCACCACGCCCACCACGUUUGCGGCAUAAUGGCACACACAGACGAUUGCGCCGUGGCCACGGUGGCCGUCCGCGGCUUGGCCAUCACCAGCGCUGUACUAGUCGACCGGCGCGAGCAGAACGAGGUACUGGCGAUUCUCGAGCGAAUCGCUACACAGACGGGAUGGCGGCCUGGGAUGCUUGUGGCCCACCUGAGGAGAGCUUGGGGCUGGGGAAGCGGGGCGGACACUUUCUCCUUGUCACCCAGCCUAGGCUCUCUUCCCCCAAUUUCUGCAGCCGAGCUCUCGAGGAGGAGUGACCUCCAGAGCGGCAUGGCAGAUAUAGACGGAGGAGGGAUGAUGACCGAACCGAGUAUGAAGCUAGGAUGGAACUGUCCGAGGCAUUCCUCUUCAUGCUCCUCUGCAUCCUCCUCCUCCUUAUCUACAGCAGCGGUGUCUGUCUCGCAACCGCAACCGCCUCUGGGAAAGACACACUUGACGCCUCCACCUGCGCCAUCCCCAAGUGAGUCUGCCCACCCAGGUGAUCCCUACCAGGGAUUCUAUGAGCCAAACCCAUUGAAUGGGUUGCAUGGGCCACAAGGACUUUGGAUGGGAUAAGCGAUCUCUUCCUGGAGAAGGAAUCCCAUCGGGCGGUUCAGGUGACUUGAUUGUCUUUAUUUCGUUUCUCAAAGACGCCACAUAAUGCGAGAUACCCAAUGAACAUUAUUGUACCAAUCAACAUUAUCUUCACAUGGACCAGGCACCUCACAGCAUAGCU